AUGUAUUACAGCCACGGCAACUUCGAGGCAUUCGCCCGGCCCAAGAAGCCGGAAGGUGUCGAGAACAAGACGGCAUGGAUCGUCGGCUCGGGCCUCGCGGGCCUGUCGACAGCGGCGUUCCUUGUUCGUGAUGCGCAGAUGCCGGGAAAGAACAUCACCAUCCUCGAGGAGCUAAAGAUCCCCGGUGGUGCGCUCGAUGGAAACAAGGUGCCAGAGAAGGGGUUCGUCAUCCGCGGUGGACGAGAGAUGGAAGAGCACUUUGAGUGUCUUUGGGAUCUGUUCCACUCCAUCCCCUCUCUCGAGGUCGAGGGCGCCAGUGUGCUAGAUGAGUUCAACUGGCUGAACAAGGAAGACCCAAACUAUUCCCUCUGCCGUUCGACGGUCAACAAGGGCCAGCCCGCCGGCACCGGCAUGACCUUCACCCUCACAUCCAAGGCACAGAAGGAGCUGAUGAAGCUGUUCCUCGCCACCCGCAAGGAGGUCGAGAACAAGCGCAUCAACGAGGUCCUCGGCAAGGAGUUCUUCCAGAGCAACUUCUGGAUGUACUGGCGCACCAUGUUCGCCUUCCAGGAGUGGCACUCCGCGCUGGAGAUGAAGCUGUACCUCCACCGGUUCGUCAACCACAUCGGCGGCAUGCCCGACUUCUCUACUCUCAAGUUCACCAAGUACAACCAGUUCGAGUCCCUGGUUCUGCCUCUUCAGACAUGGCUGCACAAGCAGGGUGUCAAGUUCCAGUACGACACGGAGGUAACUGACAUCGACUUUGCCAUUGAGAAGGAGGGCAAGAAGCAGGCCACGUACAUCUACUGGAUCCAGAACGGAGACAAGGGCGGUGUCAAGCUGACGGAGAACGACCUUGUCUUUACAACGAUCGGGUCGCUGACGGAGAACUCGGAUUUGGGCGACCACCACACGCCAGCGAAGCUGAACGAGAAGUUCGCGCCAGCUUGGGAAGUAUGGCGAAAAAUCGCAGCCAAAGACCCAUCGUUCGGCCGUCCGGACGUGUUUGGUGCCCAUAUCCCAGAGACGAAGUGGCAGUCAGCCACGGUCACAACGCUCGACAAGCGGAUUCCCAGCUAUAUCCAGAAGAUCAGCAAGCGGGAUCCGUUCAGCGGCAAGGUCGUCACAGGCGGUAUCGUGACUGCUCAGGACUCGGCCUGGCUGCUCAGCUGGACUGUCAACCGCCAGCCACACUUCAAGGCGCAGCCCAAAGACCAGAUGGUGAUGUGGGUUUACGGCUUGCUAGUCGAUGUUCCAGGCGACUACAUAAAGAAACCGAUGCAAGACUGCAAUGGAGAGGAGAUCACGCAGGAGCUGCUCUAUCACAUGGGCGUGCCGGAGGCCGAGAUUGCUGAGAUGGCCGCCACGGGCGCCAAGUGCGUUCCUGUGAUGAUGCCCUACAUCACGGCGUUCUUCAUGCCUCGACAGGCGGGUGACCGGCCUGCGGUUGUGCCAAAGGGUGCCGUGAACUUCGCAUUCAUCGGGCAGUUCGCAGAGACGACACACGACACGAUUUUCACCACGGAAUACUCUGUGCGUACCGCGAUCGAGUCGGUGUACCAGCUUCUCAACGUCGAUCGCGGUGUUCCGGAGGUGUUUGGCUCGACAUACGAUGUGCGGACGCUGAUCGAGGCGACGCUCAAGCUUCGGGAUGGGAAGCCGUUCGGUGGCUGGCUGCCGGAGAGGGUGCGGCAGUUCUUCUGGCAUAAGUUGGAGAAUACUUGGGUAGGAGAUCUUCUCCACGAGUACAAAAUGGUUUGA